AUUAAAAAAUAGAAAUAAUUUUGUUAAAAAUAUAAAUUAUAAUAUCAUAAUUGAAGAAAUCCGCAAAAAAAACGGGAGAAAAUGUUCGAAUUUCGAAUUUUCGUACAGUUUUAUCUCGCACUUUCAACAUCUAAUAUACAUUCAAUCAUGGAAAAGAACUUUGAUAGAAGUUCUGUUUGUUGUUGUUGUUGGGAAUAUUUUGGAUUAAGAUCUAAACAUCUUACUCCUGUGAAUUCAGCCAUUGGGAAGACUGUUCAAACCUUCAUUUAUCCUGGUUACUUGGUAGAUGUUUGUAGUUAUCCUAGCAUGGUUUGUUCUGGUUGUCGGAGAAACUUAAAUUUGCUGAAAGCAGGGAAACAAUCUCGUGGAGCAUGGGGUGAGAAGGUUGCUAAGGUUGAAUGGAAGAUGCUGACCAGAACAUCAAGCUCUUCAUUAAUCCAGCAAUCGCCAGAACCAACUGUACAAGCUUCUUUAGAGUCUAGCCUUUGUUCUUAAUGUCUGACUACUCUAGCUCCAAGGAAAAAUCAUAACUGCAGCCCUUCAACUGCAGUUUUGAAUAUGAUUUUUUUGGCAAUAAGUCUUGGAUCUCUUCAAGCUGAACAAGUGGCAGUAGGUUUGCUCAAGAAUAAGAUGGAUAAGGAGAUUAUACAAAAAGGAGAAGUUUUUCUCUUGUCUACACUUCUACAGGUGGAAACAAACUUCAGGUUCAAGUUGGUUGCUCUCAUAACAAAUCUAAAAGAAAAUCUGU